AGUGGAGCGAAGUCUUUUUCUUGAUUUUGGAGCGGCUGCAGGUUGUGUUGUAGUGGAGCUCUCCACAGCUCACCAUGGCGUGGCCCUGUAUCAGCAGGGCGUGCUGCAUGGCCCGCUUCUGGAACCAGCUGGACAAGGCUGACAUUGCGGUGCCUUUGGUGUUCACCAAGUACACGGACGUCUCCGAGAUGCAGCACAUCCAGCUGCAGCCGCCGCUCCACCCUCCCCAGGCCCGGGUCGCCAUAGAAACGCAGCCGUCUCGCGCAGAAGCGAGCAACACGGCGGCGACACGCGCACCGCGAAGGUGCGUCUCCGAGGAGCGCGUGUGCAGCUCGGUGAUGCGCGAGGACUUUAAACACUGGAAAGUGCGACCCGAACCGAGCUGUAAGCCCAAGAACGAGUACCACGGACCGGAAACACCGUUCAACAGCGAGACCCAGUACCAGAAGGACUUCAAGCCCUGGCCCAUCCCGAAAAGGUACGACCAUCCCUGGAUACCCAAACCGCCUCCGACCGACGAGCGGGCACCGGACAGGUCCAGGCACGCGAAGCAGCAUGCGGCGCUGGAGAACGGGGACAGCGGUGUGGAGAAGAGCGCUAUAGCCGACAAGGUGCAGGAGAAGGACCUGCUCCAAGGGCAGGAGAGGAAAAAGAAGUCCAGUAAACAGGACGGGGUGAAGAAAGUUGUCGUGAAGGUGCAAGGAGAGGGCAAGGGGAGGGCGGCGGCGGACGCUGUGAACAGGCAGAUCAGAGAGGAGAUCACAGCCGGCAGCUCGUACAAAACUGAGUACAAGGCUUACAGAGAUGUGAAGCCGGCAAAGAUGAUCCGGGCCAAGUCACAGUACCUGCCACCGGAUGGGAAGACCAGCCUAGAGACCAGCUACAGUGCCACCUUCAAGGGGCAAGCCCCGCUGCAGCCCGCUGACAACAAGGCCCUGGAGAGGAGGAGGAUACGCAGUUUGUACAGCGAGCCGUACAUAGACCCCACCAAACAGGUUGACAGGUAUAGUGCCCCUCGCUCUAAACCCAAAAAGUCUGGAGCCACAGCGGCAGGCCAGGGCAAGCCAGCGAAGAAAGCCAAAGAUAAGCAGAGCGCUGCACUGAGGGGCUCCAAGAAGACGACCUCGGAGAACCAGCCCGAGAACCGGCCGGCGGUGGGGGACAAGGAGAAAAGUAAAGAGAUGAACAACAAACUGGCUGAGGCAAAAGAGGUUGUGCUAAAACAGUACCACUACAUACAACUCUGCCAGCCAAUCCGAGAUAUUGGUUGGGUGCAGACUCUAAAGCAACACCUGUGGGGCUGUGCACUUCCCAAUCCCAGAGAUGCUAAAGACGAGCUUCUCGGACCCAGUCAUCGUCAUUCCCAGGGUGCUGCUGGAGGAGAACCACAACCACUGCUGGAGAGAGCCGAGCCUCGGAGGAGCAGCGGGGUCGUACGCUUUGCCCUAGACGGGAACCAGACUGAGUAG